CAGACAUUAAUAUCCUACUCUGUUUUAUAUCACCUCCUGUUCUUUUCCUACAGGACAAAUAUCUUCAAGAAUGAGAAUCCCAGUGUUUCUGCUGUUUUUGGUGUUCACCAUGUGUUCAAUUCAGCUAGUUCCUGCUAUGCCUG